AUGCGACACUCACACGACAAAGCGGUUGCAUACGGCUACGAGCCGCCUGCCUUGCUUGCCAACCAGCUUAAGCAGGCUGAUGUGCACUUUGCGGCGAUACAAGAGGCACGCACGGAAGCCGGAUUCUUGUGCACGGGGCCAUAUCUCCGUUAUUCCUCAGGAGCUGCUAAAGGCCACCUAGGUGUCGAGCUGUGGUUCCGCGCUAUACACCCGGUGGUUACUUUCCAGGAUAAGGGUUUCGAAGCUAUCUGCUUUGAACCGCGCGCCUUUGUGGUUCUAGAGAAGGACCCCAGGCGUUUAGUUCUGCUCUUUAAGCAGCGAGGCCUCCAGAUCGUUUUCGCUUCACUCCAUGCCCCACAUCGAGGAUCGGCAGAGUCGGAACUUACGGAGUGGUGGCAGGGCACAGAGGAGAUCCUCUUCCGCUGUGCCCGGGGGCGUUUGCUCGUUGUUGGCGCAGACUGCAAUGCAAGCCUAGGCUCUGUCGAGUCUUCUAGCAUAGCCGGUGUCGGCGCCGAGGAGCAAGACCUCGCAGGAGAGCUUUGCCACGCCUUCCUUAAGAAAUGCCAACUAUGGGCCCCCGCCACAUGUCCGGGGGUACAAGACGGACCGACAUGGACUUUUGCGCAGCGGCGUAACGGGGCGCUCAUCCGGCCAGACUAUGUCUUCGUUCCGGCAGAAUGGAAGCACGGGCAUUUUGCAGCCUGGACCGCACCUGAUAUUACCGCGGUCAACAUGACUCUUGACCACAUU